AUGCUUAGUGCGACCAUUUUGAAACAUCUUGAAAUAAACGAGCACGUGUCCGCAGCCAAGGUCAUCGAGAAAGAUAUAUACGUGGACAAUAUACUUUCAAGCUUCGAGAAAGAGUCAGAUCUACUAACCUACUUCACAGAGUCCCGACGUUUGAUGUCCAGCGCAUGUAUGAACCUCCGUUCAUGGACCUCCAACAGUGAAACACUUAGAUCCCGUGCAAAAAAAGAGAAUGUGCUAGAUACGGAAGAAGUUGUUAAGAUACUUGGAAUGAGAUGGAACCCGGUCAAGGAUGAAAUAUCAUUUGCUGAAAGAAACAUCCCAAUCCUAGAUGUCGUUACGAAGAGAACCAUUCUAAAAUACUCAUCCCAGAUCUAUGGCCCCCUUGGUCUACUUAGCCCCGUGUCCGUCAGUGCAAAGAUCUUACUUCAAGAACUAUGGAAAGCCAAAUAUGACUGGGAUACCGCUUUACCCGAUCAUAUAUGCGAGACCUGGAACCAGCUAGCUAAAUCCCUCAACAGAGCUACAGAUGUGAACUUUUCCCGACAAUUCUUACCCGCAGUGAACAGUGAAACCAGUCUUCAUAUAUUUGUAGAUGCAAGCGUCAAAUCCUACGGAGCAGCAGCCUACAUUUGCGACCAAUCACAAUCUAGACUGGUAAUGGCAAAGAACAGAGUAGCGCCACUAAAGGCAUUAACCCUACCCCAACUUGAACUGAUGGCAGCAUUGAUUGGAGCAAGACUUUCAUCCCACCUACAAAAGUCCAUACCCCCACAGAAAGUGACAUUUUGGUCAGACAGCCAAAUUGUACUCCACUGGCUAACUACAUCCAAAUCAUUGAAACGCUUUGUCCAAAACCGAGUAGACGAAAUCCACCAGCUAACAGAUCAAUCACCAUGGACGUAUUGCCCCACCCAUGAAAACCCAGCAGAUUUACUGACACGUGGUGUAUCAGCAGAUACCUACCUUGACAACCAGUUAUGGAACGCCGGUCCGACAUGGUUACCUCACUCAGAAGAAUGGCCUACUUGGAAAUACGACCAGUCAAUUCUGCAGAAGACAUCCGAAAGUGAAGACACGAGUUCUCAGCAGGCGACAAAUGUGGUAACGUUAAAUUGCACGGAGAUCACGGGCGUUCAUAGAGCCAUCAACAUAGAGAAGUACAGUACUUACCUGAAAUUACUUCGCGUCACCGCUUAUGUACACAGAUUCAUCCGCAACUGCAGAAGACCAAGAGAUGAAAGACUAACCAACAGCUUGUCAGCAACAGAACUAAAAGAGGCAGAAGUUAAAUGGCUGAGAUCGUGUCAAACAACCAACUUUCAAGAUGAAGUAGAAAAUCGACAAUCAAACAGUACCCGUUUACCGCUUGUUAAGCAACUUAUAUUGUACCUGGACCAGCAAGGAUUACUUCGUUGUGGUGGUAGAAUUCAUAACGCCCCCUUGGAGUAUGAUGUCAAAUUUCCCUACCUCUUACCAAAGAAACAUGUACUGACCAAAUUGAUUGUGUUCGAUGUCCACAAGAACCAACUUCAUUCCGGAGUUAACAGCACCAUUACACAGAUCAGACAGAAGUACUGGAUACCAUCCAUCCGCCAGUGUGUAAGAUCGUUACUAAGGACAUGUAUACAGUGUACCAGAGUAACCGGAAGACCCUAUGCAGCACCAGACCCACCUCCCCUCCCCAAAGUCAGAGUAAGCGAAGCCCUACCCUUCAGCGUCACAGGUGUAGAUUUCACUGGCGCAUUAUUUGUAAAGAACGAUACCGGAAGUGAAACGAAAUGCUACAUCUGCCUUUUUACAUGCGCAUCAACAAGAGCCGUCCAUUUGGAAGUUGUACAAGACCUAUCAACCGACUCGUUCCUUCAAGCGUUUCGGAGAUUUGCCAGCCGGAAGUCGUUGCCCAUGGUGAUGAUAUCAGACAAUGCUACGACUUAUAAUGCUGCUGCUAAUCACCUUAAGAAGCUAUUCAACUCCCAAGUCGUACAAGAGGAGCUCAGCAGAAAGGGAACAGAGUGGCGAUUUAUUCCCAAACGUGCACCAUGGUACGGUGGUUUUUGGGAACGUCUCAUAGGACUCACUAAGACGUCUCUAAAGAAGAUCCUCGGAAGACGAUACGUUUUCAUGGAAACGUUGCAGACGAUAGUGACUGAGAUUGAAGCUGUUAUCAACGAUAGACCGCUAACGCACGUAUCAUCAAGCAUCGACGACUUGGAGCCGUUAACGCCGUCACAUCUUCUUUAUGGCCGCAAGAUGACGUCACUUCCGCAUCACACACAUUUACCCGACGAUGAAAUGACGCAAAUUCAAAGUGACCAGACGACACUAACCAAUCGGGCGAAGCAGCAGUCAGACAUCAUCGAACAGUUCUGGAGACGUUGGAAGUCGGAGUACUUAACUGCCUUAAGAGAGUUCCACACAACAACGGGCUCUAACGAGAAACGCAUUCGGGUCGGAGAUGUCGUGCAGAUAUACGAUGAGGGACCACGUAUCCGUUGGAAACUUGCUGUAGUCCUGGAGCUGAUGACCGGAAAUGAUGGUUCAGUCCGUGCCGCGAAGAUAAAGACGAAACGUGGAAUAACAAAUAGACCAAUAGUGAAACUCUAUCCAUUAGAAACAGCCAGUGAUGUUGAAUAG